AUGGAGCCGCAGCAGCUAGCGGAGGCGGCGGGGUCCUCGCGCCACGCGCCAGCCGGGAUCUCCCUGCACGAUUUCUGUGGGCGCGCGGGCGAGCAGCUCAUGCACUUCCACGCCAUGCGGCUGCGAGACUCGCUCUUCCUCUGGGUGGGGGCGGAGCCAGCACUCUGCAGCCUGGCCGUGGCCAUGUGCAGCCCCCACGACUCCAAUCCAGUGUCUUCAUCACUCCUGGGAGAUGCCUCUGACACCACCUCAAAUUCUCUAGCCCAGCGCCUAGCCAGGAAGACUAAAAAACAGAUCUUCGUUAGCUACAAUCUUCAGAAUACAGACAGCAGUUUUAUAUUACACAUAGAGAACAGAAUCAAGGAAGAAAUGAUGGCUUUUCCAGAGAAAUUCUAACUUUGUGGCAUUGUAAGUUACUUUGUUAAAGAAAUAAACUGACUGGGUUUCCAUAUUGACAGACA